AAAUUGUCCAGAAAACGAAAACAAAAGCGUAAGACUAAGAGGAGAAAGAAGAGUGGCAGUGUCUAACGACGGGAGAGAUCUCAUCGUGGAGCCUUCUCCCCUUCGCUUUCUCUUGGCGACGGCGAUCUUGUCUCCGGCAGAGAUCGCUUCCUCCCGAUCUCUCUUCGUCUUCAUCCCCCCAACCAUCUCUCCUCCUUCUCUCUCUAGAUCCAGAUCUCAGAUCCGGGUGUCAGGGCCCUUCUACUUUCGCCGUUUCUCGGUUCCAGAUCCCGCUCGUAAAUCCGAGCCCUAAUCCUAACGCUGACAUCUGAUUGCUUCCAAUCUAAUCUGGAUUCUUUCGAUUGGUUUGUUUCGAUCUCGCAGACUUCUUGUGGUAGUUAGGGUUUCCGGAGAUCCGGUGGGUUAAGGAGGCGGCGGAAGCGAAGAAGCAAGGGAGGGAGACAUGCUGACCAAGUUCGAGACGAAGAGCAAUCGGGUGAAGGGGCUGAGCUUUCACAGCAAGCGGCCCUGGAUCCUCGCCAGCCUCCACAGUGGCGUGAUCCAGCUAUGGGACUACCGGAUGGGCACCCUCAUCGACCGAUUCGACGAGCACGAUGGACCCGUGCGCGGCGUUCACUUCCAUAAAUCUCAGCCCCUUUUCGUCUCGGGAGGAGAUGAUUACAAGAUCAAGGUCUGGAAUUACAAGACCCAUCGGUGCCUAUUUACCCUUCUUGGGCAUCUUGAUUACAUUCGUACAGUUCAAUUUCACGAUGAGUAUCCAUGGAUUGUUAGUGCUAGUGAUGACCAGACUAUUAGAAUCUGGAACUGGCAGUCUCGGACAUGCAUUUCAGUGUUAACAGGGCAUAACCACUAUGUUAUGUGUGCCUCUUUCCAUCCAAAGGAGGACCUGGUUGUAUCGGCUUCCCUGGAUCAGACAGUCCGGGUAUGGGAUAUUGGUGCAUUGAGGAAGAAAACAGUGUCACCAGCUGAUGACAUCUUGCGCCUGAGCCAGAUGAACACGGAUCUGUUUGGUGGCGUUGAUGCUGUUGUCAAGUAUGUCUUGGAAGGUCAUGAUCGUGGAGUCAAUUGGGCAUCGUUUCAUCCUAGCCUGCCUCUCAUUGUGUCAGGAGCAGAUGAUAGACAAGUGAAACUAUGGCGAAUGAAUGAUACAAAGGCUUGGGAAGUGGACACGCUGAGAGGGCACAUGAAUAAUGUCUCUUGUGUAAUGUUCCAUGCGAAGCAGGAUAUUAUCGUGUCAAACUCAGAGGACAAAAGUAUUCGCAUUUGGGAUGCCACGAAACGCACUGGAAUUCAGACAUUUCGCCGUGAACAUGACCGUUUCUGGAUUCUCACUGCACAUCCAGAAAUGAACCUUCUUGCAGCUGGUCAUGACAGCGGUAUGAUUGUUUUUAAGUUGGAAAGAGAGCGCCCUGCCUUCUCUGUGAGUGGAGAUACUCUCUUCUAUGUCAAAGAUCGGUUCUUGCGGUUCUAUGAGUUUUCAUCCCAGAAGGAUAAUCAAGUGGUUCCAAUCAGAAGGCCUGGUUCUGUCAGCUUGAAUCAGGGACCCAGAACACUGUCCUACAGCCCUACGGAAAAUGCUGUCUUGCUCUGCUCUGAUGUGGAUGGUGGUUCAUAUGAACUUUAUAUUGUUCCCAAAGAUUCUGCUGGAAGGGGUGAUUAUAUGCAGGAAGCAAAGAAGGGAGCUGGGGGCUCAGCUGUUUUUGUAGCUCGCAACAGGUUUGCAGUUCUCGACAAGAGUAACAAUCAAGCAUUGGUGAAGAAUCUUAAGAAUGAGAUUGUGAAGAAGAGUCUUCUUCCUGUUGUUACUGAUGCGAUAUUUUAUGCCGGGACAGGCAAUCUGUUGUGCAGGGCGGAGGAUAGAGUGGUCAUAUUUGAUCUCCAACAGAGGCUUAUUCUUGGGGAACUUCAGACCCCAUCUGUCAAGUACAUUGUUUGGUCAAGCGACAUGGAGUCUAUUGCCUUGUUGAGCAAACAUGCAAUAGUUAUUGCUAGCAAGAAACUUGUACACCGCUGCACACUUCAUGAGACAAUCCGUGUGAAAAGUGGUGCCUGGGAUGAGAAUGGCGUCUUUCUUUAUACAACCUUAAACCAUAUUAAGUACUGUCUUCCUAAUGGGGACAGCGGAAUAGUAAGAACCCUUGAUGUUCCUGUUUACAUAACCAAGGUUUCUGGGAGCAAUAUCUAUUGCUUGGAUCGUGAUGGUAGGAAUAGGGUUAUAUCAAUUGAUGCUACAGAAUACAUAUUCAAGCUUGCCCUUCUGCGAAAAAGAUAUGACCAUGUGAUGAGCAUGAUCAGGAAUUCACAGUUAUGCGGACAGGCUGUGAUCGCAUAUCUGCAACAGAAAGGUUUCCCUGAAGUAGCUCUCCAUUUUGUCAAAGAUGAGAGAACCCGAUUCAACCUUGCUCUUGAGAGUGGUAACAUCCAGAUUGCUGUUGCUUCCGCAAAGGAGAUAGAUGAGAAAGACUACUGGUACAGGUUAGGCAUUGAGGCUCUUCGACAGGGAAACACCAGUAUUGUGGAAUAUGCAUACCAGAGGACGAAGAACUUUGAGAGGCUGUCUUUUCUCUAUCUUGUAACGGGAAACAUGGAAAAGCUGUCCAAAAUGUUGAGGAUAGCUGAGAUUAAAAAUGAUGUGAUGGGCCAGUUCCACAAUGCGAUGUAUCUAGGUGACAUUGAGGAACGUGUCAAGAUCUUGGAGAAUGCUGGCCAUUUGCCUCUUGCAUAUGUCACAGCUGCCACUCAUGGGCUUACUGACGUAGCGGACAGGCUUGCAGCUGAAUUGGGAGAUAAUGUCCCCUCUAUACCUGAAGGAAAAGUCAGUUCUCUCCUUAUGCCACCUCGACCGCUUAUGUGCAGUGGGGAUUGGCCAUUAUUAAGGGUCAUGAGAGGUAUUUUUGAAGGUGGAUUGGAUAGUCUUGGGAGGACAGGCAAUGAGGAAGAAGAAGAAGCUAGUGGUGCUGACUGGGGUGAUGAGGAUUUGGACAUUGUUGAUGUUGAAGGUGUGAUUCAGAAUGGCGAUAUUGUAGCAGAAGUUGAGGAUGGUGAAGCCAAUGAAGAGAAUGAUGAGGAAGGAGGUUGGGACCUUGAAGAUUUGGAGCUACCGCCGGAUGUGGAUACACCGAAAGCUAACCCCAAUGCUCGUUCAUCUUUGUUUGUUGCUCCUACACCAGGCAUGCCAGUAAGUCAAAUAUGGAUUCAGAAAUCAUCUCUGGCAGGGGAGCAUGUGGCUGCUGGAAAUUUUGAUACUGCCAUGCGCCUGCUUAGCCGGCAAUUGGGAAUAAAGAACUUUGCUCCCUUAAAGCCAUUGUUUAUGGAUCUUUACGUGGGUAGCCACACAUAUCUUCGUGCUUUUGCUACGGUGCCUGUGAUAUCAACUGCUGUUGAGAAGGGAUGGAACGAGUCUGCCAGCCCUAAUGUGAGGGGUCCACCAGCACUUGUUUUUAAGUUUUCUCAGAUGGAUGAGAAGCUUAAGGCUGCUUACCGUGUCACAACAGAGGGAAAGUUUCCAGAGGCUUUGCGGCAGUUUCUCAGUAUCCUGCAUACUAUCCCACUUAUGGUGGUGGACUCAAGGAGGGAAGUUGAUGAAGUGAAGGAGCUUAUUGAGAUAGCCAGAGAAUAUGUCCUGGGCUUGAAGAUUGAAGUCAAAAGAAAGGAAAUGAAGGAUAAUGCAAUUCGGCAGCAGGAGUUAGCAGCUUACUUCACCAACUGUAAACUUCAAAAGAUUCAUAUGAGACUUGUGCUUGCAAGUGCAAUGAGUAGCUGUUACAGGGGAGGGAGCUUCGCUACAGCAGCAAAUUUUGCUAGGAUGCUUUUGGAGAAUAGCCCACCUGAAGCCCAAGCGAAGAAGGCUAGGCAGGUGUUGCAGGCCUGUGGUGAUAAGAAGGAUACUAAUCAGCUGAAUUAUGAUUUCAGGAACCCAUUUGUGGUUUGUGGGGCUACUUUUGUUCCGAUCUACCGUGGGCAGAAGGAUGUUUCCUGCCCAUAUUGUGGGGCCCGCUUUGUGCCAGCCAUAGAGGGGCAGAUUUGUGCUGUUUGUGAGCUUGCGGUGGUGGGUGCAGAUGCAUCAGGCCUGCUCUGUUCUCCUACACAGACAAGAUAGAAAGGGUCAAUUUCAUGCUGGCAACUGCUUGAAGCCUUUUUGGAACUAAAUACCCUAUCACAUCCCAGAUUCCCACUCACGCAAUAAAGUUGUUGUUGCAACUAAUAGAUGUGUCAUAGGCUCAUCCGCCUGGAGACACAAUUUGAACAGUGAAUAAUUUUUAUAUCACCAAAAUGACCUUGGGAGGCUGGAAAUGAUAAUAAUUGAUACCUGUGCCAAUUAACAAUAUUGGCCAUUAAAUGUACUGCUUAUUUUGUGUCGUGUGGUUGUUCUUGUUCAACUUUUUGUCAACCGAAACCUCUUGCUUUCA